UAUCAUUAUAUAAAUAUUAUUACAAUUUAAAAUUAUUAAAUUUCAAUCACAGUUCUGACUUGUAUUCUGAUUUCUAACAUUCCGAGUUCUGAGUUUUUGCCAUUCUGUAUUUCUGUGUAGUCAGUACUGUACAUUCAAUCUUCAUAGUAGUCAAGUUUAGUUUUGUCUCCAAUAUUGAUAUUUUCUAGGACAUCUAGAACAGAACCAGACCAGACCUUUUCCCGCUUACUCAUCAACUUUGUUCAUCAUGAACACCAAAAUGAUCAUUCGGUUUUAUCAAACAGUAAAACCUCAUCAGCCAUUAAUCCAGUUUCGACAUGGUGUCCCAGUGAUAAAUAAAUCUGAAUCAACUCCGUCACCUUCUACAGUUGGUGCUGUGCAAACGUUGGAAGACUAUCAACUACCUACAAAAUUUAAAAGAGUAAUGAUGGAUGAUGCUGAAAUAAAUGCUAUUAAUAGUGGUGGAGCUGAAUGAAGUUUUGAAUUACGUUUAAACUCAUAUUUAUACUAAAUAUUUAGUAAAAAAAUAUAAAAGCAAAAUGAUUUAAUAUAUUUACACAGUAUUAAGGUACCUACUUAUUAACUUAUUAAUAAAUAUAAUGUAUGUAUAAUACCUAUUAUAAUAUAUAUAUUUUUUAAUUUGACUGAAUUAAUAAAAUUAUCAAAAAUUAAA